GAAUUUAAAAAUAAACUACAAUAAGAAAUUUUGAAAUUCGCUCAGGUACGUUAUAGCAAAUCAACAUGUUUUUAUUUAAACUCGAGAAACUACGUUGAAUAUCAGUAUUUUGAAAAUCUUUGUUAAAGUGGUGAUCCAGAACAAAGAAAACCAUACGCCGAAAGCAUAAUCCCGACAAGGAUAGACGAAACAAAGUAUUUCCUGAAACUGUGUCGUCGUGAAUGGGACCUAUCGAAACAAUGAUUUGCAAUAUCCGAGUCAGUCUAAUGGCCAAUGAUAAUCUCCAACUCAGCUGUUAAAAGAGGUGACUGACAUUAGUUUUUGACGUCGAUUUGAGAGGUUUGAGAGGAGAGGAAUUAAUUUUAGUGAUUGUUUGGGAAAAAAACGAAACUCCUGGAACUGCAGGGUAUCGACUUUGGUGAAUUGUGAACACACGAGAUCGUCAACAUGAGCGAGCUAACGCAGGAAGAGAUUCGACGUCGACGUUUGGCUCGACUUGCAGCCCUGGAAAGCGGUUCCCCCUCGAAUUCAAUCUCACCCCCUAUAACUCCUAUUUCUCAAUCGCCAAUGUCCGUAACUCAGGGUCAGAGUCCCCCGGUGUUCGAGAGCCAAGGCAGUUCGUUAGAUAACAAAUUUUUCUCGAAUACAAACAGUAGCACUACACCACAAGACGUGAAAAAAGACAAUAACAUAGCUAUCGCUGUGGAUAAAGAAAAGGAUAAGGUUCAGCUAGAAGGUGUUUUCAAGGAGCCGAGUAAACCGAUUGAUAUACAAAUUCCAUCGAGCUCGAAGCAGAGAUCUAGAGCACCUCCUGUAAGGAGCGAUUCUGAGACAAGUUCGAUUCAUAUGGAAGUCGAUGAAGUUAGUGGGUGUGCCGAUAAGAUGGGUGCCAACACUGAUAUAGACUCAGGAUUUGAGAAUAUGGAGGUUGACGAAUCUGACAUGCACAAAAAAGACCUUCACCGCCACAGAACGACUUCAUCCACCGAACUGACCGUCGAACAACUUCAAGAGUCCGUAGCCCGCGUCUUACAGUGCUCCUUCACAAAAUCCACCCCCUCGCGUUUGUUUUUACCGCAAACUGCCGAGUACGUGAAAGAAAACCCCACCCUCUCGAUCAGAGACCAGACAUCAUCUGCUUUGAUGGAAAUACUGAGCCUUAUAGGCCGCGGCGGCGACCCCUUUAAGAACAUUACCCCCGCCAAUCAGGACAUCAGUGAUACUUACAGUGUUCAUUCGGGGUCGGUGAGUCCGGCCCAGAGCAGUCCCAGCACCAGCGACAUGCAGUGUCCGGUGCCCGCGCUAAUUAUGAGGGAGGGGGCCGUGGAGAGUCCUAUCACGAUAGGGAUAAACUACUUGAUGGAGUCGUACAAUAGAGUGGCUCAGGAGGAAAGAAACCAUCCGAAGAAGUCGAGUAUUCCUCCGUUGAGCGAUGUGCUGACGGAGGUUAGGGCGCAGUUGGUGCAGUACGCUACGUUGGUUGUACAGGGUAGAGUAUUGCCUGGGCUCGAACAAGGUUACGGAAAAUCGCCUCUCCUCAACCCCAUAGUCUGCCAAACGGUCCCCAGAGGAUUCCUAACCGAGCUAGUGACGCGUACCCACACCAACGAAAAACUAUUCCACAGGGUGUUCAGUCCGGUACUGCAGGGUCUGUUCCGUAUGAUGCGCACCGCCAGCAUAGUGGACGACGAGCACAGAUUACCGUUACAGACGCUGUUCGAAUUGGCCGAUAUCCGGUGCAACAACAGACCUAUUUGCACCCUGAUCACCAAGCAGUUCCAGUUCGAAAUCGUGGAUCCGCUGACGAACGCUUCAGGUCGAGAGCUAACCUUUAUGUCCUUCCUCGGCCCCUUCUUGGACAUCUCUGUUUUCGCCGAAGACGAGCCCAAAGUCGGAAAACUCUUCUCAGGGAACUCAGUGAACGACAACACACUUAAACACACCCUCCAGCUGGAAUUGGAGAACACACGCAGCACCUUACAUAGGAUUUUUCACUAUAUCCUCGCUAACCAAGACAGCAGGGAUUCGUGCUUGAAGUACCUAGCUCAGAUACUGAAAAAUAACGAAAAACGGGCUCAGUUAGGUAUGGAGGAACGCCUGUUGGCUGGGGAUGGGUUUAUGCUGAACCUGCUCAGCGUGCUGCAGAACUUGUCGCUGAAGAUCAAGUUCAACAAGAUGGAUCUCAUGUACCCCUUCCAUUCGGAGGCGACGGUGCAGAUCACAAAUGACACAAGACUGAAAUUCUCUUCGCAGGAAGUGGGAGAUUGGUUAGAGGAAUUUGGUAAAACUUACGAAUUUCCAACUCCUAACUUCUCGACCAUUUGCUGGUUUCUAACGUUACACUGCCACCACUUGUCCCUUUUACCCGCUUUACAAAAAUAUCAACGUAGGUUAAGGGCCAUCAAAGACUUACAGAGGCUUCUGGACGAGACGAUAGCUGCCGAGGCGCAAUGGAAGAACACGCCGUUCGCCAGCAGGAACAAACAGUUCAUCAAGAGAUGGAAACAGCAAUUGAAAAAAUUAAAUAAAUCCAAGGCCUGCGCAGACGCUGGUCUCCUAGACAAGAACCUGAUGCGCCGUUCUCUAAUUUUCUAUACCUCUGUCACCGAGUACCUGUUAAGUUUAAUGACGGGUGCCGCGCCAGGACAGCCUAUUCCCGAACUGCCACUGCCCCCACCUCAGACACCGGCGUUCUACGCAAUGCCAGAGUGGUACGUGGAGGACAUAGCCGAAUUCUUGUUGUUUGCCUUACAAUAUUUUCCAAGUGUUAUAACGGAUAACACCGAGGAUCCCAUGAUUACGUGGCUCCUAGUGACUAUUUGCUCAUCGAACAUGAUCAAGAAUCCUUACCUCGUUGCCAAGUUGAUUGAAGUGCUUUUCGCCAUAAUUCCGAGCAUUCAGCCCAGAUGCGAACCCCUCUACAAUAGGCUCAUGUUACAUCACAUAUCCAGAACGGCGUUGCCAAGUUCUCUAAUGAAGUUUUACACAGACGUUGAAACUACAGGCUCAAGUUCAGAAUUCUAUGAUAAAUUUUCGAUAAGAUAUCACAUCAGUCUAAUUAUUAAAGGAAUGUGGGGAUCCCCCAUUCACAGGCAAACCGUCGUGAACGAAUCGAAGAACGGCAAUCACUUUGUUAAAUUUGUAAAUAUGUUGAUGAACGACACAACGUUCCUGUUGGACGAAUCUUUGGAAUCGUUGAAGAGAAUACACGAAAUUCAGGAUUUGAUUGCAGACGAUGAGAAAUGGUCCAAACUGCCCACAGACCAGCAACAAAGUCGUAUGCGUCAGCUCAGCGCCGAUGAACGACAAUGCAAGUCGUACCUGACGUUAGCGCGGGAAACGGUGGACAUGUUCCACUAUUUGACAGUUGACAUUAAGGAGCCAUUUUUAAGACCGGAAUUGGUGGGCAGAUUGGCGUCGAUGCUCAACUUUAAUCUUCAACAGUUGUGCGGAAAGAAAUACAAGGAUUUAAAGGUUGAAAAUCCGGAUAAAUACGGCUGGGAACCUAGAAGACUCCUAAGUCAAUUAAUUGACAUUUACUUGCAUUUAGACUGUGAUAGUUUUGCUGAGGCUCUUGCCGGCGAUGAGAGAUCCUUCAGCAAACAACUUUUUGGUGAUGCAGCUUCUCUUAUGGAAAGAGUCGGAAUUAAGACGUUGGUCGAAGUCGAACAAUUCAGGGAAUUGGCGGAAAAAGCAUAUAGAAUUUUAGAAAAUAACCAGAGAUCUGAUGAAUGGUUAGAAGAUGCGCCAGACGAAUUUAAAGAUCCUCUGAUGGACACGCUUAUGACCGAUCCGGUAUUAUUGCCUAGUGGACAAAUUAUGGAUAGAUCUGUCAUAAUGAGACAUUUAUUAAAUAGUAAUACAGAUCCCUUUAAUAGGCAACCUCUAACUGAAGAUAUGCUUUUACCAGCCGAUGAUUUAAAAGAAAGGAUAAGAACAUGGAAAUCAGAAAAAUCAAAAUCGUCGAAUUGAGAACCUGUUUUAAGACUAAAUAUAAAAUUAUUAAUUCCUAUUUUCCAAUUCAAUCAAAAUAUUGUUUAAAUUAUAUAUUAAUAUUAUUAUCGCUAUUAUUUUGUAAAUUUGGUUUUUUCUUUUAUAUAUAGGUUUUAUAUUGCGAGGAGGUUAAGAUUUUUUACACAUUUAUUAUUACGGUCGCAGUUCGAGAUUCUGUCCAUUUUUUCUUUAAUCUAUUGUGAAAAUACGUGCGACGCAUGAUGUCACAAAUGCAAGGUUAAGUAUUGAUGGUACAAUCAAGGCUGAUAACUUUUAGAUCUCAUGUUUAAUACGACAAAAUAAAUUUAUUUUAGCAUUUUUUCCCUAACAAACAAUAACUUGCUUUUUCCAUAUGUUCAAAAAUUUUAUUUUUCAAUACCAUACAUUAUUUUUUUAUACCACAAAAACUACACGAAGCGCAAGCUCUUCUCAUUAGGAUAUCUGUGUUUCGUUAUAAGAUCUUUAAAUAAACAAUUUUAACAUUUAUGUUACAAUACAGUUAGUUGAGUGUUACUUGACAACAAUAAUUGUUAUAUUUGUUUACUAGGGUGGGUCAAAAAAAUCGAUUAUUUUUUUUUCACUUUAUACUCUGAAAAAAAGGUUGGUAGAUACCUCAAAAAAUUAUCUCCAAGUAUGAGCUCUUAAUUUUAAUAGAAAGGUCCUCCGCCUUUCCGUUUUUACAUUUUUUCCUUA